CGGUGGAGGUUUUUGACUAAUGGAGAGGAAGGCUCGGCCGGUCUUGUUGAAUAAUCCCAAUAUCUCGUAUCUUCCACAUGUUAGAUAACUUGGCCAUCACUUGCACCCCAGCGGUUGUCUGCUGAGCUGGUCCACAUUUAACUGAGACCCCUCGUCAAGAUACGUUUCUGGACAGAAACUGCGAAUCUGCCUCUUAUUCCCGGCGGGGUUGAGACAUUUCGACGCGUUUCCUUACACCCGUUGUUCUGUUCACCUAGCAGCAGACUGUGUUGCAUCUUGAGGAAUAAUGGAAGAUUUGGGAUAUAAGAAGAAUGACCCUUCCUUCUCUACUCGUGCCAUUCAUGAAGGAAAUGAGCCUGAGCAGUGGAAUGAUUUAGCUGCUGUUCCACCAAUUUCCUUGUCAACAACUUUUAAGCAAAAUGGCCCAGCUGAAUUUAAACUCUUUGAGUAUGGUCGUUCAGGGAAUUCAACCAGGCAGUGCCUUCAAAAGUGUCUGGCAGCGACUGAAAAUGCUAAAUAUGGUUUAGUAUUUGCUUCUGGUUUGGCUGCUACCACCACUAUAACACACACACUAUCUGCUGGUGACCAUGUUAUAUCUAUGGACGACCUUUACGGCGGCACCAACAGAUACUUCAGCCGUGUAGCCUCAAGGAUGGGAAUUCAAGUUGAAUUUGUUGAUGCUGUUGAUCCCAAGAAUGUGGAAGCAGCAUUGAAACCCAAUACAAAAAUGGUUUGGCUUGAAACUCCAACCAAUCCUACAUUGAAGAUUGUUGAUAUUGCUGCUGUAUCAGCUAUUGUGAAAAAUCAUGGAGCAUUCGUGGUUGUGGACAAUACAUUUAUGUCUCCAUACUUUCAGCGACCUCUUGAACUUGGAGCAGAUUUGGUGAUGCACUCUGCAACAAAGUAUAUAAAUGGGCAUACAGAUGUCAUUAUGGGAGCUGUCUGCACAAAUCGGGAUGACCUAUAUGAGCAACUUCUCUUUCUACAAAAUGCUAUUGGACCUGUUCCUUCUCCAUUUGAUUGUUACUUGGUGAACCGAUCACUGAAAACCUUGGCAUUGAGAAUGGAACAACACAUGAAGAAUGGUUUGGCAGUUGCCAAGUUUUUAGAGAAUCAUCCAUGUGUGGAGAAGGUCAUACAUCCAGGUUUACCAUCACACCCUCAGCAUGAGUUAUCUAAGCGUCAGUCCUAUGGCCAGUCGGGUAUGUUUAGCUUCUACAUAAAGGGAAAUGAUCUGAAAACCUCGAAGAGUUUCUUCCAGCAGUUGAAGGUGUUCACCCUCGCCGAGAGUUUGGGAGGAUACGAGUCGCUCUGUGAACUUCCGUCUGUGAUGACCCAUGCAUCUGUGCCAAAAGAGACUAGGGACAAGCUGGGUAUCACAGAUGGACUUAUACGUGUGUCAUGUGGUUUAGAGAAUGCUGAUGACCUAAUAAAUGACCUUGAUCAAGCACUUCGGAAGGUGGUCCAUGUUUAAGGCUAGCAGUGCUAGUCUCAAGUACCUUAGAAGUGGCAGAGAGCAGGACUUCAGUAUCUGAACACUGACUUGCUCUUAACAGCAGGAAAUUCCUACUGAAAAGUAUCACAUUGAUAGAAAAUUCUGCAUCUCGCUGUUUGAAAUAUUUACAGCCAAAACAUUUUUAUUUAAUGAUAUGACAUGGUGUAGUUUACAAAGUGACAUUUUAUUGAACAUUUAUAGAAACAUACCUUAACAGUUGCUAUUAAGUUAUUUUGCAUAGUGACUAGAGUGCAGAAAACACAAUAGUGACUAGGGUGCAGAAAACACAGCUCAGUAUUAACUAAUCUUUUUAUAAAACUUUCAAAAGCAGUGUAAUUGUUGAACAAGUCCUAAAUUUGAGAUUGUUUUGAGGAUCCAGAAAUCAUUAAUUUUUAAGUACAGUAGAACCUUUAUAUUUGCAAAGAUAAAUUCAUGAGAUCAAAGUGAAUAACAAAUAAGCACACAACAUGCAUAACUGUUAGUUUAAUGUUGACAAAAUUAUUUUAAAUAAGUGAUGCAAGGGGAUUAAAAAUAUACAAGAGUGCUACUUUCUUGAAUAUACUUAUGAUCUUUAUCACCAGUCAAGACUACUUAUCAUGAUAGAGAUAAUAGCUUAUUAUGGGAUUAGUAAAUUCUGACUGACCUUAUAAACACCUCACACUUCAUAGUUUCAUAGCUUAGUGCUAUUGUAUGAACAUAAUGCAGUGAUGUAGGUUGGUAGACAGCAGCUGCCCAGGGAGGUACUACCAUCCUGCCAAGUGAGUGUAAAAUGGAACCUUGUAAUGGUUUUACAUGAUGGUAGGGUUGAUGGUGUCUUUUUUCUGUCUCAUAAACCUGGAAGAUUUCAGGUACGUCUUGCUACUUCUACUUACUUAGGUCACACUACUAUUUCAUGUACAAGCAUAUUUAUAAUAUAUAUACACACACACACACACACACACUCCUCUGUAUUUUCUUACUAGUUCUUGUUCUGGUUUAUUUCCUCUUAUCUCCAUGGGGAAGUGGAAUAGAUUCUUCCUCAUUAAGCCAUGCAUGUCAUAAGAGGUGGCUAAAAUGCUAGGAACAAGGGGCUAGUAACCCUUUCUCCUGUGUGCAUUACUAAAGUUAAAAAGAGAAACUUUUGUUUGUCUUUUUGGGUCACCUUGUCUCGGAGGGAUAUGGCCGGUUUGUCGAAAGAAGAAUGCUUUAAUAUAGUACAGUGCCUGCACUCUUAAGGGGAGGAAUAGGGAUGUAGUUCAGAUGGUCCCUUGAAUUAUGAUGUCUGCAUACUUUUAAAACGGCUAUUGAAUGAUUAAAAGUGAAUAUUCUUGUUUUCAUAAACAAGCAUGUCUUGCUACUUCUGCUUCCACUUCGGUCACACUACACAUGCAUGUGCAAAUGUAUAUAUUUACACACCCAUCUGGGUUUUCUUCUAUUUUCUUAAUACAUAGUUCUUGUUCUUUAUUUCCUUUUAUAUCCAUUGGGACGUGGAAAAGAAUUCUUCCUCCAUAAGCCAUGCGUGUUGUAAUAGGUGACUAUAAUGCUGAAAGCAAGGGGCUUACCUGGAGUUUACCUGGAGAGAGUUCCGGGGGUCAACGCCCCCGCGGCCCGGUCUGUGACCAGGCCUCCUUAGGUCAGUGUCCCAGGAUGCGACCCACACCAGUCGACUAACACCCAGGUACCCAUUUUACUGAUGGGGAACAUAGACAACAGGUGGAAAGAAACACGUCCAAUGUUUCUACUCUGGCUGGGAAUCGAACCCAGACCCUCACCGUUUGAAGCGAGAGCGUUAACCACCAGGCCACCAGAGUCCUAGUAACCGCUUCUGUAUGAAUUACUAAAUUUAAAAAGAAAAACAAUCGUUUUUCUUUUAAAAAGAAAAACAUUUGUUUUUCUUUUUAGGUCACUCCCCUCUCUAGAUAUACCCUGGCUUGGUGGGAUAAGGCCAGUUUGUUGAAAAAAAAAAAAAAUUGGGGGGGUCACUGCCCUGGUGGGAGAUGACCAGCAUGUACAAAAAAAAAAAAUUGCCUUGAUAUUAUACAUCCCUUUUGUGAUAUGACCCUUGUAGGUUUAGCACGUCUUUUUGAUUAUAAUAAUAUACUCCCCUUUGUAUUUGCCUCGUGUCAGUUGUCUCCCUCUCACCUAGCAGUUAUUUUUUCUUUCACUGGUCCAUGAACAUGUAGUGUUGCUAUUAGUAAUUGUGCAAUUGACAUAGUAAAAAAAAUACCGAAGUUUUACUGCAGUUACUUGUCAUUUGUUACGGUUACCUAUUGUCUCUCUUCCCCUCCCUUCUUUCCUUCUUCCUCCUGCUCAUCUCCCUCUUACCCUUCUGCCUCAUUUUCUGUUUUUUUACCCAUUUUUUUUAUCCUUCCUUUUCUUAAUGGCCUCAUAUUUCUUAUCCCUCUUUUUCUUUCUCUUGUCUCCUUUGUCUUAUUCCUCUUUUUCUUAUCUUCCACAUCCUAUCCCUUCUCUCCUUCAUUUUUCCCAUCUUUUAUUUAUUUUUUUUUUUUUUUUUUUUUUUUUUUUUUUUUUCAACAAGUCGGUCGUCUCCCACCGAGGCAGGGUGACCCAAAAAAAAGAAAGAAAAUCCCCAAAAAGAAAAUACUUUCAUCAUCAUUCAACACUUUCACCACACUCACACAUUAUCACUGCUUUUGCAGAGGUGCUCAGAAUAUAACAGUUUAGAAGCAUAUACGUAUAGAGAUACACAACAUAUCCCUCCAAACUGCCAAUAUCCCAAACCCCUCCUUUAAAGUGCAGGCAUUGUACUUCCCAUUUCCAGGACUCAAGUCCGACUAUAUGAAAAUAACCGGUUUCCCUGAAUCCCUUCACUAAAUAUUACCCUGCUCACACUCCAACAGAUCGUCAGGUCCCAAGUAUCAUUCGUCUCCAUUCACUCCUAUCUAACACGCUCAUGCACGCUUGCUGGAAGUCCAAGCCCCUCACCCACAAAACCUCCUUUACCCCCUCUUUCCAACCCUUUCGAGGACGACCCCUACCCCUCUUUCCUUCCCCUAUAUUAUGAUCAUUGUUAUUUAAAGAUUUCUAUUUAUUAAAACUUCAGUAACUGCAUAUUUUUUGAAGUAAAGUACAGUAUGUACAUUAAUAUUUUUAACAAAGAUAAAAAAGUAACUAAUUGUAACUAAUUAUUCUUUUAAAUGAAAAUGUGAUGGAAUAAAUUAUUAAAUUUUAAGUAUGACUCGGUCAUCCCUGUCUCCUCAACCUUUUUUAUUUAUUUUUCAAAUAUGGUUGCUAUACAUCAAUCUUCAGAGAAAAAAAAAAACAUCCAGUAGAUUGAAUGAUGAUGGGGUGACAAUACCUUUAACAUGAGUAAUUGUUAUAAACUUCAUUUUUAUCUUAUUUAAUUACACUGACUGGAAGCAUGGCUCCUAAACAAAUUGGUAAUGACGAUAGCUCAAACAUUUUGAGUUUUGUUAUCACUUAAGAAAACUGUCAUGUCCUACCAGCAAUAUAAAGCCAAGCCUGACAGGGGGGGGGGGGGGGGCAGUGUGUCUGCCUCACUGAUAGACCGAUGAUUGGCUUCCACCACUGUGUGCUAAGUGAUGACCCACUUUUGUAUAAUACUUCAUAUUAAUACAGAGGGUAAUAAUCAUUCAUGAUACAUAGAGGGAUCCACAUCAUAAAUGGUCAAAUUGUUUCAUACAAAUGUGUCUGCAAUUCACUGAAACUGCAAAUAUUUAUAUAAAAAGGAUGGAGGGCAAAGAUUUAGGAAAGGAGGGAGGAAGCCAGUCAUUUUUCUUCUGUAAAGGAUAUAUUUCAAAAGUUUAAUAAGAAAUAAUGCCUAAAUACAAAGGUUGCCAGGGAAAUUUAAUAAUUUCAACAAUGAAUACUUUAUUAGUAACUUUCAGGGCAAGUUUUAUACGACUCGCUGUUAAUACAUUAUAGUAAUACCUAAGAUCGACGUUAAAAAAACUGGGUAAUCACUGCAGUGCUGUAUGAAUCACACAUUUGGUACUUGAUUUUAAUAUAAUAACUUCGGCAAUUACUAGCUUGUAAUUUUGAGUUUGCAGAAAUGUUUUCCUUGGUCAGAACUUCUAACAAUUAAAAUCAUGUAAUGCAGGGAAAUUACAGCAAUAUAAGGCUGGUAUCUGUAUUAUGAGUGCUGAAAUAAAUGCAUCAGUAUU